AUUGACCUGCAGUAUGAACGCAGUUUAGGAUUAGGGAAAGGGUUCAAAAGUGUUGAAAUCAAUGAGUUAGUAAAUGCUCAGUUUUGAGUAAUUUAUCCAAUGAGAGACAAAUAUGUCCUGAUCACGUGCUGAAAGCAAAACUCCGCCUAUUGAUCACAGACCAUCCUUCUUGUUUACCCCCUCCCCUUUUUGUCUCUGCCGAGUUCACGCUUCACUUCUUCCCUCCCCAAAAGCGCGUGGACAUCCGCAGGGCGCGGGAAAGUCAUCGAGGGCAGACCCCCACCACAACUACCACCCCUGGGCACGUUUUUAUUUUUUCACCUCUCUAGUUCUCCAAAAGAUUUUCCGGGGAGUGUCCCUCCGGCUGCUUCGGGGACAAACGAUAACUUUCUUAUUUUGGGACUUUUCUCACAUUGAACAUUUUUUUGUCGAAAGUGCCGCGUGACAUCACCGAGUGAGGUCUGGAGCCACAUUAUCACAGUGUGACAACAAGAAUAUGAACUAGUUGAAGCAGACGCUCAUUCAAAUAUUUUGAGCCAAAGCCAGGAUGCCAUUGUUUGAUGAAAGUAUGGCCUUUGCUGGAUUGUCAAAUCAGUCAGAUAUGUCUGGGUUUAUUACAAAGCCAGUGCUCCACUACAGCGGUCCCUAUUUUUCCUACCACAGCCGAGGAAAGGAUGCAGCGGAGUUAACAUCACCUUGGACUAACUCAAGCGCUUCACUGCUGGAUGCGAAAUGUCCCACAACACACGCAUCUGGCGCAGAAACCAGCAGCAACUUAUCUGGGCAAUCUGACAGUCCUGUUCACAUCGCUAUUCCAAAAGCUGUGUAUGGACAUAACCCCUGUUACCAUGGUCUGGGGUGCGUGAUGGGACAUCGGUACACUGCAGAACACAGAGCCCAGGCGGCAGACAGCGCUGAUUUUGAUUCUGUUCGGGCUCCAGGGGAGGCUUACCAAAGUCAAAGAUCACCCAUCCACCAAAAGGCGCGAGAUGCCUUGCAAGGUUUUCAGUUGGAUCCCAGGGAGGAACAGGUCAAGAGAAUGACAGCAGAAAAUAUGAACAGAGGUAGACCUGCUCGAAUGGAGCAAACCUACAGCGGCUUCCCUUCUUUGUCUCCUCUCUCCAUGCUAACUUUAGGUGAGCAGGGUAGACAUUUACAGCCUUCCCCUGGAGGCUACGCAGGCCUCCCUCCCUCCCAUACAACACACGAGCAUAUGACCUCAGAGCUUUAUCAAGAAUGUUCUCCCAUGUCCAAAUAUGGCCAUCCAACAAAGCACUCAAUGUUUUACUACCCGCGGGGCAAUGUGGAGGUGGAAAACAGAACAUAUUGUCAUGAUAUUGGUGGUAAACAGAGAGAGGACAUUCGAAAAAGCCAAAUCCCAAUCCCUCGAGAGCAUUAUACAUUACCACGAGCGCUAAACGGCGACAUUCCUUUAUUUUUGCAUGGCACUGAAACACAUCCAAGUCACUCCUUUGUACAGGGCUUUGACUAUCCAUGUUAUGCACAUCCAGGAUUUCAUUUAAGUCCAGUCUCAAAUGUAGAAAGGCAACACAUCCAAUCCAGGCUGCCUUCACAAAGAAUGAAUUUUUCGCCAUCUGAUCCAUUGGAAGCUUCCCAUCCCAUACAACAGAUGGACCCUAUUAGUCCUAUGCGACGUGCAGGCCAAUUUGUGUUGCCUUCUCACAUUGAAAUGAGUAGACUAUAUCCAUCGAUCACCAGUCGACCUAUUCAUCAAAUGGAUGAACCGGUCCUUUCACCUUCCGCCUUGGCCAAAGAGCAAUAUUCUUAUUUUGUGGAUCAGGUUUCAUGCCUCAAAGACCUUGCAGUUUUCAGAGGGACGCGGCUUCCCCAUUCCCUCAAAACCGAUUCAGAUCACCUCUGUACAACCUUAUCUCACAGGCCUAAUUCUCAAACAGUCAUUGUAACAGGUAAUAAGCACAGUAGACGUCCACAUAACCCUUCCACCUCUGUUCAUAAAGGCAGCCUAAAGAGGCACAUUAAAGAAGAGGCUCUUGAUUUAUGUGAAACUGAAAUGAUUAAAAAGCGGCAAAAGCUGGAAAUGGAAGAGGUCCUCAUACGAAAUCAAGAGGGUUCCCCUGAAAUGCCAGUUAUUGACAGUGUGUUUAGUCUGGCACCUAAAGAAUACAUAAAAACGUCUGGAGUUCCGGAAGUUGAACCUCUGAGAAGGGCCCUGGUAUCUGAGAGCUGUCAAGUCAAACCCACAACACCCCUUACAGAAAUCAAACCUGAUCCUGCUGGAUCACCUGCUCAUGUCUGCGCAGAGACGCCUGAAGUACAAAUGAUUGAACCCGCAAAAAUUAAAGUGGAAAAUAUCAGUCAGUCAGACAUACGCGAAGCUACCGAAAAUCCUCCAAGUCAGGCUGCUUGCAGUACAAUACAAGAUCAAAACAAUCCACAAGCUGAAGAUGCGACUUCGUCAGACACAAAGUCCAUGCUGGUCAUUCAGAUAUGUGAACCUGAGGGAUUUAAAUGUAAAACUUCAUCACUUGAGGACAACGAUCCUUCGCUCGCGUCCGAACCGCCGAGUGUACAUUCUGUUGAUAGUUCAAAGACACCACAGGAACAGGAGGUUGCCAAUGAGCCUAAACCUGUCAGUCCACUGAGAUCCAUUAAACCCAAAUUCCAUAUCAAAAACAUUCCGCCGGAGUAUCUAAAACCUGGCUCAAACUACAAUAUACGGCUCCCUGACUUGAAGCUCUUGUGUCCUGUGGUUGCCCAAGAAACACCUGAGCAAAUCCGUCCUGAAUUGUCACCAAGAAGAGAGAAACCUAUUCGUAAGCAUUUCUUAGAGCUGCAUCGCACACUCCUUAAGCAUGUAGCCAAAUGUGUGUUUGCCACCUCAGAGCAGCAGCUCAGUACCUGGCGGUCUCAGCUAGGACUUGACGAACCUUCCUCAAACAAAGUCCAGAAAGUGUCCUGCUUGCUGGGGAUGAAAGCCAGGCACAUGUGGUUCAAUGAGGAGAUUAAAUCUGCUCUUCUAGAGGUGCAGGAUAGGCUAAGAGAGUACAUCAUACAUAAGCGCUGCCCUUUUCCUCAUGUCAUGAGAACGGGGGCGGUGUUCAUCCCCAUGCUGGUGGUCAAAGAAAUCCUGUUUCCCAUUGUCCCUGGCACUUUUAUUGACCAAGUCCUGCAAGAACACAAAGUGGAACUGCGGCCUACCACACUGUCUGAGGAGAAGAUCCUCGCGCAGCUACACAAGCCCUGCUCGUCUCGCCUCGGGAGGCUGAUGUCGCUCAAACACCUGCCCAACAUCUACACCGAUGUGCUCAACCUCUUUUAUUACUCCAGUGUCUGCAAGCACCUAGGAGUAGACGUGGACGUGUUGGACUGCUCAGACUUCAGCGGCGGCUCUUUGCCACCAGAGAACUCCAAUGCAGCAUCAUCACACGUGAGGAGCACUACAAAGACAAAAAGCAGAAUAAAGAGCAGCUGCAGGCGUCUUUUUCUCGACAGCAGGCCGUCCGAAGAUGAGGAUGAGAAAGAAUCGGGCAAAAAAGCUGGUAAUGAAGAAACUUCACCUCCCAGCUUGAGCAAAACGCCAUCAGACGAUUCCUGGACUCGUCCUUUAAUGUUUGAGGAUUUUCCUGGUAGCGAUGUCGAACCAGAUGAGUCAACUGGUUUCCCGCCAGUUUGUCUCCCCGCACAGACUGCCAUGUUGCAAAUGGCGUCUCAGAACAGUUCGGGAAGUGUUAUAAAGCUAAAGAACAGACAAAGCCACAAACAAGGGGAGCACAGUCGCAUGACCUUUAAAUGGCGACGAACGGGGAGCUCGGGACGCACUUUGCGUCCUGUCGGCGGCUCACGAAUUCCAAAGAAGAGACUUUUAAAAAUCAAGUACUGCCCCUACUUGUCGGCUUGCCACAGCGCCGAGCGAAGACGACGCUGGGUCCUGCGCUCCGCCGUCCAGCGUGCCAGUGGCGCCUCUGGUCAACCGUAUCCGGACCUAGUGGGUAAGAGGAUUCGCCACCUGUACGAGGAGCUAGACAAGUCAGAGGUGUGGUACCGAGGGGAGGUGCUUUGCGUCCACGAGGCCAACAGUGACCCCCUGAAAACCAUCUUUGAGGUGUGCUACGACAGCGAGCCCGAGUGGAAGUACUAUUUGGAGCUGCUCACUGACUAUAAGAAAGGAUGGCUGAUUGUAGAGGAAGAUAACCCCAAAAUAACACAUCCAAUGCAUCAAAGAUGAAAGUCUUCAACCAACAACCAUGACACUGUAGAACGACUCAAGUUGUCGACAUAAAACUAGUGCAAACUCAAUUGCUUCUGGAAAAUUGCUCUAAUGGGGCUAAAGCCACAUUUUAUUUAUUAAUAUUUUUAUCAAGGGAAGGCAAGUGAGUGAAAUUCUCAAUUUUAAUGCAAACCUGGACUGUAAAGUAAAAAAAAGCCAAUAAUGUACAAGCCAUAAACUCUACAUGCAUAGUAUGGAGGUUGCUGCAUACUCGGUGAGCAAAGACCCAGGAAGUGCCAAAUAAUUGUCACAGUUUGCACUUGUAGAGCUAAAACCAUGGGUACCAUUUUGUAAAUCAGGCUGUUUUUUUUCAUACUUAUUUCACAAAAUACACAUUAAGACUGGAAUUGUCCGAUAAUGACUUUUUAACCAAUAUUCGAUUCUGUUCAACUCCAAAAAUCCGAUAUCGAUAAUUGCGGUCGUGAACUUAACAUAUUAUGGCCAAUUGUAUUGUGAUGCCCCACUGGAUGCUUUAAUAAUGAGCAAUUUAACAACUUCAAGGUUUUCCAAGUAAACAUUCUGUGGAAAAAUAAGAACUGAAGUUAUGCAAAAAGUGCCAAUAUUCCACCACUAUAUUUACUAUAACUCAAAAUCUUGAGUUUUUGGGAUCAAGUGCAAAGGCAAAUGGCCAAUAAGGCACUUAUUCUGUCCUCAAUGAGUGUGUGGGUACACAAAUCGACAGAUGGCAACAGAUACAACAAAUCAGCCUUAAAGACAAUUGGCUUUACUGUUCUCAUGUUUCUCUUGACAAGAGCACUGAGACUUUUUUUUUUAAACACUAAAAACAACAACAUGCCAAUAAUAUGAAAUAAAGCAAGCAGUCAAAUAAUGUAACCACAUUUUACCACAAAUGCAAAUAAAAUGAAAUAUACACACCUCCAAUAUACUACACAAUGCUCAUGAAUAUAAAACAAAGGAAGAAUAUAACUUUGAAGCGAUGCUUGUAUAAGUCCCAAACAACGUGAGAUGACAAGAACUGCCAUGGUACACUGGCUGCAGACGUUAGCUCGCUCUCUAUCCGCAAUGAGCUUGCGUCGACAUAUGAUUGCGUCAGCAGAAAGUGCAGAAACUUUUCAAAACUAAGCACCAGCAGGUUACAAGAGGCAAAAAUACUAUACAAUACUGUAAAAGGCCAAAUGAUCUGGCACAUUUGUAGGUUUAAUAAAAGCCAAAUAAAGAAGCAAAGUUAUUUUCUAAAAGUACAUAUAAUGCCAUUUUGUUUCAUUGGGUUUUAAAAAUCAAAUCAGUCAAAUGGGAACUGUUAUUAUUAGAGGCGUGCGAAAUUUCCGAUUCAUAGAUUAUUGGCGAUUCGGCCGUGGAAGAUCCGAGAACUAUUCAUAAACAUCAAAAUUCCGAUUAUUGAAUUAUACCAGGUAAAGUGGAAAUAAAACACAGUCAGCGCAGUCUUCGGGACGCCGCAGUCUUCAGGACGCAAGGAGGAACGGACCGAGAGUAAAUAUCUUGUUCAACUCAUGCCACUAGAUUAAAAAAAAAAAAAAAAAAAAAUCAUACCUGGCUGCGGCCGACAGCCGCUACAAACAGCGACCGGUUGCUAGUUGCUACAAACAUACGGCAACAUAUGGUGGAUAUCACAUAUUGUAGAACUAGAUGUGAAAUGACAGUAACGACAGUGUUGGAACAUAUACAAAGAACUAGAUGCGAAAUGACAGACUUGCCGCCAUCUUAAAGCAGUAGACUUCUCUAGAAGGCUCUGUUGUAGCGAACCCAAUUACUUUUUAUCUAAAAUAUCCCUAAAUCGGCAAAAUCUUGACUUGAAUCUAUAUUUAAAUGAUGAAAGUUUUAAAACUUUGACGUGUCGAAAGUAGACAGAUGGGAAAUUAUGGAAUAACGGGAACAAUUUUAACAACUUUAACGGUUGAUUCACAACAUUAAAUUAAUUUUUUGAUACAGAAUGGGGACUUGAGUAUUUUAUUUACUGUUUUCAACUGUUAACUUGAUACUAAAAUAGUUUGGUUUAGCCUGAGAGGAUUUUUGAACAAUUUUGGAACUAGUGUACAAAACAUUAAAAGUGUGGUGGGUGCGUCAAUAAUCGAUUUAUAAUCGAAUCGGAGCCACUGAAUCGUAAUCGAAUCGUUAGGUGCGCAAAGAUUCCCAGCUCUAGUUAUUAUUGUGUUAUUACUAAUUAUUUUUAACGUUAUUAGCACUGCCACAUUUUUCUGGCGGUGCGAGGCCGGCCGGUUGUUUUUCAUUUCAAUGCAGAUCCAGUAGCUCAUAAGUUGGUAACCCAUAACAAGAUCAUGGUUCGAGCUGGUACGGAAUUAUGUCAAGCAAGAUUGAAGUGUAAACGGAACGCUCGUUGUGUUGCAGUUACAGAUUUAUUUGUGUUGAUAAACGUUUCCACAAUGAAAGCACGAUGCUCACCAGUCCAAUUCAUGGCAUCAAAUGAACAAGAAAUGAAAAACAACGGCAUUGUAUAGAAACAAAACAAAAUGGCAUCGUAUGUACUUUACAAAAAUAAAACCUUUUUUGUUUCUUUACUUUAUUUGGCUUUUAUUAUACCUACAAAUGUGCCAGAUCAUUUUGCCUGACCCUAACUUUCUGCUUUUAAAUGUCACACCAUAAGAUCCUGCUGUCCUAUUGGUCAUAAUUUCCAAUCAUGCUUAACAAUUAGGGCUGUCAAACGAUUAAAAAUUUUAAUCGAGUUAAUCACAGCUUAAAAAUUAAUCGCAAUUCAAACCAUCUAUAAAAUAUGCCAUAUUUUUCUGUAAAUUAUUGUUGGAAUGGAAAGAUGACACAAGACGGAUAUAUACAUUCAACAUACUGUACAUAAGUACUGUAUUUGUUUAUUAUAACAAUAAAUCAACAAGAUGGCAUUAACAUAACACAUUCUGUUAAAGCAAUCCGUAGAUAAAAAGACUUGUAGUUCUUAAGACAAAUGUUAGUACAAGUUAUAGAAAUUUUAUAUUAAAACCCCUCUUAAUGUUUUCGUUUUAAUUUGUAAAAUUUUCGAACAAAAAAUAAACUAGUAGCUCACCAUUGUUGAUGUCAAUAAUUACACAAUGCCCAUGGAUGGUGCUGAAACCCAAGCGCCAGCAGAGGGCGACAAAACACACAAAAAAAAACAUAACAAGUGGACAUGACGCUGUAAUUUCAAUCUGAGCGGGGCAUUUGCGUUAAUUGCAUCAAAUGUUUUAACUUGAUUAAUUAAAAAAAAUAAUUACAGCCCGUUAACGCGAUAAUUUUGACAGCCUUAUUAAUAAUACAAUUCCGCUCUUCUAUUUGCCUAUUGUUAAUGACGUUUCAAUUUAGGUGUCUCAGUAUAAUGUGCACUGGCGCAACGGUGUUAUUGUUGAUAUUGCGGGGCCGUCUGAGUCAAAUGAGCACAAGGUGCCUCGUGUUUUUGUCUCACGACGUUUUUUUUUUUGUUUUUUUUCAUGAAAGAGAACAUUGCCUCGUGCAAAGGGAAAGUUACACAGCCGUGGUGCAGUUGGUAGCUAACGUCCUGGGACUGAAGGGUCAGUGGUUCAAUGACUGCCCACUGUCGAAGUGCCCUUGAACAAGGCACUGAACCCCAAUUUGCCCCCAAUGGCUUGGCAGCUCCUCACAUUGCUGCAGCACCAUUGGUGUAUGAAAGUCUAUGUGAAAUGGUAAAUGUGUGCUCACGUAAAGUGCUUUGGGCAUGGUAAACAUGUUCUAUUAUCUACUUCAUUACAGGUAUUUAAGGUUAUGUUAGGUAUAUGGAGUGAUUCAAAUGUGUUUGGCUGUCAUUUUAUUCCACUUUUACCCCAAAUAUAAAAUUUAAUGUGGCGUGUCAGUCGUGCUUGGAACGGAUCAGGGCAUUUACAUGUAAAACGUGUCUCUCUUUACAAAAUUUUCGGGUUACGAGACUACUUCCAGAACCAAUUAAUGUCGUAAGUAGAGGUAACCACUUUAGUUUGAAGUGCUUUGAGGGCCUUAAAAAGGUGGAAAGGCACAAUACAAGUGUCAUUCCAUUUACCAUUUAACCAAUCAGAAGACUGGGUGAAUACGAGUGCAGGAGACAACAGGCAGGAGAGAGGUGAGCCUGCAUCUGGGGCUGAAAUAACCCAGUUUUAAAUGGAUUUUUUUCCAUAUCGGCCGGUCGGAUUAGAAAAAAGAAAGGCUGAUAGCGAUAUGUCGUAUUUCCAAAUAUCAGCGCCAAAAUUUGUCUAUAUCAGAUUUUUUAAAAAUACUUUUAUCGGUUCAUAAUAUCUGACAACUCUGAUUAUGAUUCCUAUCAGGCCACAAGUAAUUGAUAACUGAUAAACCAAUAUUAAAUGAACUUUUAAUGCUGAUCUCAAGUGUCAAAAACAAGGGGCUCCCAAGGACUUUCUAGAAAACGCUCACCAAUGGUGGGACAUUGUGAUUUUGUAGGAAUCAUUUCGAAGUGAUUAUUUGAAAAGUAAAUAAUGGUCACGGUUUACUAAAUUGGCUCUUUAAUAGGCGACUAAUGCCAAUUAUUUCCAAUGUAGUGAUACAAAACCAUACUGUUUGAGUGAUGAUGAAAAAGUCUUGUGUUUUUGAGUGUCUUUUAUGUGCCCGUACACAGAAUCUUUUACCACAAACUGAGCCAACGUUUAGACAUAGUCUUUCUCAAUAGUCUCCUGAUAGCUUUAAGAUCAAAAUGUUACUGUCCACAUAUACUGUAAGUAGUGUGUUACUGAAGUUGGACCGUUGCUAGUAUGGUGCUCACAGCAUGUGAAAGUACCCUUUUAUUGUCUUUUCUAAGAGGUAUGUCUUUUUUUGUAUUGUCUUUAAAUAACACAGUUGAAUGUCUUCAAUAAAGAUGUCUUGUUUAACUCAGCUUUUUGUUUGGUCAUACAAACUUAUGCAUACAUGCCUGGUUUUAGUCUGACGAUGGAGAAAGAGCUAAUACUGGAUAAAGCUCAAAUGGCUCACAUAACACUUGGAUGAUAAUUGA